AUGGACCCUGAAGCCGUUGCGGCCUGGAUUUCGGACCAGGGCGUAUUAGACCCUCAAGAACAGUUCGUAUCCGCCGAUGCCGAAGCCAGUAGGGUCCUACAAGGAUCAGAUCUGCAAAGUACAGCACGCCCACGUAAAGUGCUUUCUGAGAACCUUCCUGUAUUUCCGGCGCCAAUGUCCUAUACCGCUAAGCUUCGCGCAAGCGACAGACACUCCACACUAGGCUCACGAAACGCGGCUCUGCCUGUGAGCUGGGUAACUCCAGAUCCGCGCACGCUGCGGGAGACGGUAAAGGCGACAGGGAGUGCCCAGGCGCUACAACUCUUUGACAAGGUUUGGAGGGUAAUGCAAGGAGAGGGAUACUUACCGCGGGAGUUGAAGGGGAUUUUGAAGGAGGAGCUGAUGGUUAACGAUGCACGCUUUGCGCCAAUCGAUAGGGUUACGGUGACGAGUCCGCAAGAGAGGGGCGAUGCCCGUCAGCUCUUCCCGUCACUUAGCGCCGACGAAGGCCAGACGCUCGGCCUUCUCUCUCUCUAUCACGAGCUCAACACUGUCCGGGACAUCGCUGCUACUACUACACAGUUCAUCAAUACACCCCGCUCCGAAGCGACAUGGAACGACCGGAUUCACGGUCCAAUCUUGCGCCUUGCCGUGUCAGGUAUACCGCACGUUGGCGCAGAGAACAUCACGCAGGCCGCCAUUUCCAAAGCCUUCGUCCCGGCCGCACGAGGGGAGCUCGAGACACUGAAAGGCAAAAUGAUUGACUAUGCACUGCUUCUCCGGCCCGAGAAACCCCUCGCUCUCCGCAUCGCCGACUUCGUGGACGGCUUCGAGGGACCACGAACCUUCAACCAAUCGACGCACGGCGUGUUGUGUUACGAGCCAACGGGCGUGUUGAUCGAGACCAAGGUUGAAGCCCGACGGUGUGCCGAGGGGAAGGCCCAGUUAGGGAUAUGGCUAGCGUCGUGGUACGGCCGUGUGGCCAGGUUCGCGCCGCUGCACUCGGCUGAUCCAGACACAUCAACGAACUUGCCCUUCCUCCCGAUCCUGCUCGUCAUGUGCGAGAAGUGGGAGCUGUACUUUGCGUUCGACAGGGACGGCGAAUUUGAGGUAUGCGGGCCCCUUGAUAUCGGGAGCACUGUGACCGUCGACGACUCAUACCGCCUGCUCGAGGUGCUACGACUGCUCGCGGGUUGGGUCGCCGGUGAGUUUCGUGGGUGGAUUGAGCGGUGUGUUGCAUAG